AACUGAAUUUCUGCCACUGCCAAGCUUCCCUUCCCUUCCAUAAAGAGACAAUUCCUCAAUCUCUCACUUCAUAUUAUUACAUCCCGAUUCGAUUCCAUUAUCAUCGUCUCCAGUUUCCCUUUCUUUAAUCUCUCAUCUCAUUUCUCCCUGGAUCCACUUUUUUAAAUUUCAGAAUUAGCCUGAAUUUUUCCAAAAAAACUUACAAACAUCGCAUAAUAUGGCAGCACAGGAGCAGGCAAUGAAACCGAUUCUCCAAAAACCGCCAGGUUUCAGAGACCCAAGCAAACCAGUUCCAAGACCGCCGCCACCGUUGCGAAAGGCCGCCUUGCCACCUUCAUUCCAACCGAGAAAAAGACGCAAGAAUUACGGUGGUAUGUGCUGCCGCAUUCUUGUAAUUAUCUCAUUCACCGUCUUAUUAAUUCUCUUCAUCCUCGGCGGCGUUUUCUACCUAUGGUUCGAUCCAAAACUCCCCGUUUUCCACCUUCAGUCAUUCAAGAUUUCUUCCUUUCGCGUCACUACUAAACCCGACGGAACUUAUCUCAAUGCUGCCACUGUGGCAAGAGUAGAGGUCAGGAAUCCCAAUUCUAAGUUAACGUAUCGAUACAGUGAGUCUCAGGUCCAAAUGACACUCGGUCAGGAUCAGGGGACUCAAUUGGGUUCCAUGAGUUUACCUGGAUUCCUUCAGGAUAAAAAGAACACCACCAGUUUCAAGAUUCAGAUGAGUGUGAAGAAUGAGCUGAUUGAGGAUGGUGUUGGGUCCAGGCUUAAGUCUCAGUUCAAAAGUAGAAAAUUGGUGGUGAAUGUUCAGGUUACGACUAAAGUUGGAGUGGAUGUUCAAGGGUUGGAGAUUGGGAUGUUAGGGGUGGAUGUGUCGUGUGAUGGUAUUACAUUGAAGCAGAUUGAUGGCGAUGAUAUGCCUAAAUGCAGUAUCCACACACUCAAAUGGUGGAUGCAAACGUUAACGUAUCAGAUUGAUUAAGUGCAAGAAAACUGAUGUAGCCGCUGAAAGUCCAACCCUAUGACAUAAGGUGUCUCUUCUUUUAGGAGGUUGAUGAUUGCGUACGUUGAUCCGUUGGUGUCAAUGCCAACAGUAGAAUUCCUGUCAAGACCUGAAAUCUGAUUUUAUCGUUAGGAAUUUGGAUUCUUUCAUAUUUUAGUAUCAUCAUCAAUCAUACCCAAUUUUAUUUGCUUCAUCCCUCAUCAGGUCUCUCUUUUUGACAAAUCUCCGUUUGUUUAUCCGAAGUAACUAUAUAUAGUGAUCUGUGGAUUGACCUUGCUGAUGUAUAUUUGUUGAUUUGGGUGCAGGAUCAAUAUAAAUUGACAAAAACUUCUUGUGCAAGGAAGUAAAUGACGCUAAAAAGAAAGAUCGAUGAUACCAUACAUCGAAUUGCAGGCAAACAUUUGUUCC